CAAGUUUCAUUGAUUUGCAGGGUUGAGUAUCUUGUACCAGAUGAACCUGAUAAGCUAUUUGAGCUUGGAUUGUUAAAGCAGAUUGAUAGCGUGGUCAAAGCUUGUUCUAAUACUUCAAUAAUAUGCUCAUUGUUUAGUUCGACUUUACCUGAUUUCCUUGAGGACCUUGCACGCACAAUAAUAUGCCUGAUGCUUUUUGUGUUAUUGUUGUCAGGAAGAAUACUGCUUCAGAAUCAAUCAAGCAAAAGUUGGUUUUUGCUGGAAGUGAAGAAGGUAAACUACUUGCACUUCAUCAAAGCUUCUUGGAGUUAUACUGCUUUUAUGGUCAUUGUUUGCCUUGCAAUAUUUGCAAAUGGAAAACGUGCUCACAUAAUAAUAACAGGCCACAGUCAGGCCUUGAACAGCGUUGAACAUGAGCUCUUUUAGUAUUUUCAGCUAGUGCAUUUCUCAACAGUCUUCCUUGUUUGUUGUAUUAUGUGCUGGGAGUAGAGUCUGAACCCACCAGUAUUAAUCCUUGUGCAAAGUAAGGAACAGGCGAAGGAGCUUUAUGAUGAUGUUUUAAAUCUGAUGAUAUUAGAGUUGGAUGUCAUCCAUUCUGAUCUGUCGCAAUCACAGUUAUCCUUACUUUCAUUAAUGUCGGCUAUACUGGACUGUAUCCUUUUCUAACCUACAAAUCAUUCUACAGAACAGAUUUUAGUAAGCCUCUACAAUAGAUAGUUGAAAGCAAAAUGGAUUCUGAUACAUGGCUUCUAUUGUCUGCCUAUGAUUCUCAUCUGGACAUUUCAUAUGAUGAUCGUUAUUGUUUGUUUGUAUUUUUAGCUACUGUAUUUCACUUUAUGCCUAUCUCUUGUAUUUAAAAACUGCAUGAAAAUGUGGUUGAUGAAUUCAGAGCUGGUAGAGCUGGCAAAACAUGGGUUUUGAUUGCUACUGAUGUUAUUGCUCGUGGUAUUGAAUUCAAAGGUGUCAACUGUGUGAUAACUGAUAAAUUAUGAUUUUCGAG